AUGGAGCCUGAGAGCCUGGUCCCACAGCUGACCAGGAAUGGGGGACUUAGCCUCCAGACUUGUGGGCACAUGGGGGCACUGACCAUUCUGAAGGCCUAUGGGUAUCGAGAAUUGGCUCAGCACAGAGGAAGGAAGGACAGCGGAGCUGAGGCAUCAGGAGCCACAGCCCUUGUGAGCAUUUCCAGAGCACAUGCUCUUGUCACAGAGGGAGGGACAGAGCAGGCACCGGACACCAUGGAACCCCCAUCAGCUCCUAUGCGCAAAGAGGGCAUCCCCUGGCAUGUGCUCCUGCUGCCAGUCUCAUUCUUAACCAUCUGGAACCCGCCCACCACUGCCCGACUCACUGUCAAAUCAGUGCCGCCCAAUGCUGUUGUGGGGCAGGAUGUUCUACUCCUUGUCUCCGACCUGCCUCAGGAUCUUUAUAGCUAUGUCUGGUGCAAAGGGGACGGAGUAUGCCACAAAGAUAUAAUUCUAUCAUAUGUAAUAGAAACAUCAGAAAAUACCUCUAAAUACAAUGGUCGAGAGAAACUAUACCCCAAUGGAUCCCUGCUGCUCCAGAACAUCACCCAGGAGGACACAGGAUCCUAUACCAUAGAAGCCCGUAAGAGAAAUCAGCAAAGUGACAUAGGAACUGUACACCUCCGUGUAUACCAUGUUCCAACACAAGGAAGUUCUGGCCUCUCAGCAGGGGUUAUUGCCAGCAUCGUGAUUGGAGUGCUGGCCGGUAUAGCUCUGAUAGCAGCCCCGGUGUACUUUCCGUAUAUCAGAAAGACUGAAGGGUCAGGCCACUCUGACAACUCCCCUAACAAGGUCGAUGAAGUUACAUAUUCUUCCCGAACUUCAAUGCCCAGGAAUCAAAGAAACCAACUUCAGCCUCCCCAUUCCCAUCAGCCACAGGAAGAGUUUAUUCAGAAGUAAAAAAGAAGUAACGCAACCUACUCCACUGGCUGCACUGCGCACUUACUCCAAGCUUCUCAUCCCCAUCACUAGAAGGAUCCCUUUACCCUCAGGGAAAAGGGGAAGAAAACUCCUUCCCCUCCUCUUAACUCCCAAAUGAGGCAUCUCCAGGCUGCCUGGUCACAGCCCCUCCCUUCAGUGUCAGUACAUGAAAAGGCACAUCCGGGAAUCUGUAGGAAACCAAACCUUCCUAAUAUUUGAAAUUUGGCAAAGCAGACAUUGGGAGAGAGUUGCCAGAACCUCCCGCCCCUCCCCCUCUCGCGACCUAGACUUGUUUUAAACUUGCCUAUUCAGAACACACACAUUCCUUCCCACCCCAGUCGUGUCAUAUCUGAGUCUAACUUGAAUUUGCCAUAAGCUUAGGGGUUAGGUCCUUAUCUACUAAAAUGCAUGUGGCAGAAAAGAACAGAGAAAAAGUAAAAGCUUCUCCUGUCUCUCCAAAGCUCAGGGUGAACCCACCAGACACAGGAAAAUAAAUAUAGAACAUAUUCUGAACUGGGAAAUUCUACACCCUUGUCCAUGGUCAGGGUGUCUACCUGUAGGACCAGGGCCUAAAAACCUUGCUGCUUAGCGGAAUACCACCUGAGCCCUUUGGCAAGCCAAUCUUUAGAGAACUCACUAGAAACAACUAGGAAAGCUAUUUGCCAAGGUCCAAAUGGAAAAAUGUAAAAAAAAAAAAAAAAAUGCACACACGUUUUAAUCACUUUAUGGGCUUUAUUCAAAUAAAUGCCCACAGACGGAGGGGUUACAGCUUUAGGGAGCAGUCAGCUGUUAACAAUUUGUUGGGUUUUGGGAAACCAAUCAGAGAGCUACCCUUCAGAGAUUAUUAAAUAAUUGUUAAAGAAUGCACUAUUUUGGGUAUUGGGUUUUUUCCUUUUUCUCUGAGAUGUUCUGCCAUUUUAAUUUUUGUAACUGCUUGUUUAUGUGAGAGGGGUUAUUUUUACUCAGCUUAGCUGUGUAAGCCAAUCUGUCUGCCUUAGGUGAAAGAAGGCACCAAAAUCCCUCGAGUCCCCUUUCCCAGGAGCUCCUCAAGGCUUCUAUGUCAGGGGUUCCAAAUAGAAAAGAAGAAGAAGCUGUUUUCUUCAUUCAUGGCUAGAGAUGGAUCUAACUCAGUUUCUAGGAUCUCAGACCAAUCACCAGCCACCGUUCUAUCCCAUGUGUCUGCCUGUGCAUGUUCUGUCUGUCUGCCCCACUCACUUUCUUGGGAAACCCUGGCCCUGCUAAGGUGCAUUUGGUCCUUGAGAAGUGGGAGCACCCUGAAGGGAACACUAUCACUCAUGCCCUUGGCAUUGUUUACAACCCAGAAAGCUGCACUGGUGCUGAUGCUCCUUAGGACACAAGGGGAAUAUUAUAACUGGGCCUUAGGAUUAUUGAAGAGCCUCUGAAAUUUGUUUUCUCUCAUGGGGUCUAUGCAUCCCAAUGUGUCUUAGGAUAAAAGGAAGGGCAAGAGAAGGAGAGGCGAAUGUACUUCCCACCCUGCCUUCUUCUGUACAGAUGGAAUCUCCUUGGGGCUGUUGAGGGAAAGGUUUUAUUCGAUACUGAUUACUUGUUCUCAUGCUGUGUCUGAGAGGCCCCCUCAAAGAGGGUUAGUCAAGAGUUCUCUGUACUCAGGUACCUCUUUCAGGAUUUUCUAACAGAUUGUAUAUACUUCCCCUCAUUCAUGCUAUUCUGUGUUACUUAAUUUUGCCUGGCUAAGGACAUUUCUAAAUUAUUUGUAAAAUGCACUCUAUAUUUAUAAUAAAAAUUAUACAUCAGACAACAACAUGCUGCCUCACAGUUGAUACUACUUUAAACAAUAUCUUCUUUACAGGCAGAAGAAAGAGAAAUUGCUUAACUAGGUGUCAAAGUAAACCUAUUUCCAAGGCUACAGAUAUUUGAUCC